UAUGACUAGUCAGCCCAGCCCACAGCUCGGGUCAGGGUGCAGAGGUCAAAGUUAACGAAACGUGUGAAGUGAUGUGGUUGGGCUCUUGUAACUUUUUCAAGAGUAAUGUUACUUUAACUGAUUUAUUAUCAUAAAUUAUAACGUAUAUAAUUUAUUGGCUUGCAUGGUAAGAAAAAGGAAAUCAUGACUGCCAAUGAAGAUCAAGAGAUGGAGUUGGAAGCACUAAAAUCAAUUUAUGAAGGAGAUGACUGUUUCAAGGAGCUAAGUUCGGUGUCCUUUCAGUAUAGGAUUGGAGGACAUGAAGACCCGAAAGCAUUCCUCUUAGAGAUUUCAUGGCCAGACACAUAUCCCGAAACCGCACCUCGAAUAUCUCUUGAUGCCUUCUUCAACAAUAGAAUAUGUCCGGAGGUAAAGCAAGCUAUAAUGGCCAGGCUGGAGGAGCAGGUUGAGGCCAACCUUGGAACUGCCAUGAUGUACACACUCUUUGAGUGGGCAAAAGAAAACCAGGAAUCAUUAAUGGAGGAGCACCAGCCAGUGGUCUCUGCAGUGAUGCCAACCUCCAACAGCGAAGUUUCAAACCUUAUCUCUACAAGCAAGAAAAAGGAAAAGAAAGAACAGCUGACAAAAUCUCAGAAGAGAAAGUUGACUGGAAGAACAGAUAACAAAGGUGAACUUCCCAGAGGCUGGAAUUGGGUGGAUGUUAUCAAGGUAAAGCCGCUAAAACUAUUAUUCUGUUCACUGAAUGCAGUUUGAUGCAGGGCUUGAAUUUUGC